UGGGUACCUAAUUGACGUGUGGCAAACAAGAUGGGCAAGUAGCCCUCGGGUAGUGGAAAAAACCUAGGAUUAUUGCCCAUAAAUACACAAUAAAGGAAUGCAUGAUAAUGGAUUUCUCUAAAUUUCUGGAUGAAAAUUUUGACAUCAAAGAAUGGGUAAAUGCUGCUUUUAAGUCCCAGAAGGAUCCAACAGUCAAAAAGGAUCAAUAUGCCACUACCAUGGUGAUGAAGCUACAGAUGUUCAUACAAGAAGUGAACAAUGUCAUUGAGGAAGCAAGUCAGCAGGCUGUUCAGAAUUUACCCAGGGUUAUUCGUGAGAUAGAAGCGGUAAAACAGGAAGCAUCUUUGCUGCAGGACCAGAUGAGGAUGGUAAAAGAGGACAUUCAGAAGGUAGAACAUGACACCUCACAAAGCAUGCAGAUGCUGCUACAGUUGGACAACAUCAAAUCUAGAAUGCAAGCUGCUUCUAAUGCUCUCAAGGAAGCCGAUAACUGGUCUACUCUCUCAGCUGACAUUGAAGAAGUUUUUGAUUCUCAGGAUAUAAAUGUGAUAGCAGAAAAAUUGGUUGGAAUGCAGCAGAGUUUGCAAAUCUUGGUGGAUGUUCCUGAUUAUAAAGAUAGGUGUCAGCACUUGGAAAAACUGAAAAAUAGACUGGAAGCCAUGUUGAGUCCACAAGUUGUAGCAGCUUUCAAUGCAAAGUCUUUAGAAUCUGCCCAGGUUUACGUAAAAAUCUUCUCCAACAUAGACAGAUUGCCACAGCUUUACAAAUACUAUCACAAGUGCCAUAAGACUCAGCUGUUAAAUCAGUGGAAGACAAUAGUAGAGACGAACCAAGAGGAGACUGUGGUAGAGUGGCUGUCAGAGUUCUACGACCAGAUGUUUUCAACUUGGCACACACAGGUGCAGUGGUGCAGUCAGGUUUUCAAGGAACCAGAGAAGAUUGUCAGCCAGUUGUUAACAGAAACUUUGGCUGCCAUGGAACCAUCUAUCCCAUACUGCAUUGCUAACUUCCUGGAAAGCAAAAGCAGCCCAUUGGACGCAUUGAUGGAGGUGCUUCAAGUCUCAGAAAGGUUUGCAAAAAGUAUCGAGACUGCUCUAGAAAGUCAUGCAGAGGGACCUUUGGGAAGUGAGUACUCCGCCACCCUGGCCAUGGCCAUUUACGCCCCCUAUAGGUCAUAUGUACAGAGAUAUGAGAACUACGAGGAGGCAGCACUGAGCACACAUUUGAAUAACAUUCCACUGGACAAGCAAGAGGUUAUGGACUCUGUGAGAGUUUUGGGAGAAUCUGUCAACAAACUAUUUUCUGCAGCAAACAAGGGCAAUGAAAGAUGUCUAAAGUUAACUCAUGGAUGUGGUUACAUCAGCCUAUUACAAGCUUUAAAGAACUAUUUUAUCAACUAUGGGAAGGAAUUCCGCCGGGUGUUGACCAAUCUGAGAGAGAAGAUCAAAAUGGGGGACAAUGACCCUUGGGCACUCUUCCAGCACUCUCUACGGAUUAUACAGACUUGUGGAGAACUAAUCCUGCAUGUAGAAGAGUUGGAUGAUAGUUUGAUGAGCAAUAUACUACAUUCCAUUGGCAAACAGACACCCUCAACUCCUAAAAUUGGGGGAGAAAUACGACUAAGGGUCAACCCAUUUCACCAGUACACAGAGCUUUUGAUAGAGAAAGUGGAGGAUAGAGAAGCACUGGAAUUACUUGUAACUAAACUGGAAGAAGAGAUGCCGUCAGUACUGGAAGUUGUGAAGAAAGAUUUCUCUGCGUUGAGCGUGGAUGCACAUAGGUUUGCCUUUGACAUUGUGUUUGCGCAGAUCAAGGAACAUUUGCAGGAAGUCUCCACAAUGGAGAUUUGGACCAGUGCCAGUGCUGGGGGUGCCCUGACCGCUGACCUGCCUACAUUUAGCCUCUCUCCACAGGAAUACAUCACCCAGGUUGGUCAAUAUUUGAUGACCAUUCCGCAGCAUUUAGAGCCCUUCACAACUCAAGACAACCCAGCUCUGCUGGUGGCCGUAAAACAUGGGAAGCUACCAUACACUGAGGAACAAGAGUCCUUUGAACAGAUAGCAGACCUGUGGCUGGAGUCCAUGGCACGUGGAGCCAUGCACAUGUAUUGUGAGGAGAUUCUCAAGAUUCCUGAAAUAACGGCGCAUGCAUCAAGGCAGCUAGUCACAGACAUAGACUAUUUAUCAAAUGUCCUGGAUGAUCUUGGCCUCCAACCCUCAGAGACAGUAAAGAACAUUGAAACAUUACUGAAGUGCAGCAAAGACAACUUUGACGAGGAGUCAGAAAAUAUGCCACGAAGGCUUGUCAGUGUUCUCAAGGGAAUGAGGGGACUGUAGGGGUCUACACGCUUUGCAUCAAGGAGGCCUUGAGGUUUUGGAGUCUGCUUUAGGGGUCUACAUGUAUUUCGGCAAGGAGGCCAUGAAGUGCAAGAGUCUUUUUAAGGAACUAAAAUCUUUAACAAGUGUUCACUGAAGUCUGCACAUCAUAGAGAUACCGGACUGUCAAUUUUUCAUUCUUUUCUUCUUCUGGUUAUCUAUGUAGUGGAGGAUGGGGUGAUAUUAGGGAGUGCACAGCUUCGGGGACAGGAGUGAAGAAAAUAGGGAUAUGGGAUUUCACGUUGAGGGGAUAUGUUUUUUUUUUCAGCAAUAUUGAUAUGGGAGAGAGAUAUACCCAGUACAUAUUUCUAGUGUUGUUAAAAGUCUGAAAUGGAACGGCUACUUGCUUGUGGAUAAACGUUUGCGAUGUUUUUUAUGUUCGUCUACAACAUACCCUAGGUUCUAGAUUCCGGUAUUGUCAGCUCGAUCUUGAUUUCAUAUAUAACCCAUAUCAACAAUA